AUGCUCAUGGAGUCGACAACGCGAGACCCGCUGCAUGUGACGAAGUCACGGCGAAAGAAACCACGCUUCCAGCGACGACUGGCGAGCCGGAAACCCCUUUCGGGCCGGUUAGUGCUUGACCACAGGCUGAAAGGUGACAUUGGAGUACUGUCCGAUGAUCUGGUUCUUGACCUAUUCCCCCAUGUGAAUCUAAGUGCUCCCGAGAUUGUCCCAGACAUACUCUAUGUUGCUGUAUCUCCGUGGAUACCGCGCUUGGCGGCGGUUGAAGACAUCUCUUGGACCAUUAUCCCCGUGCGUCGUCAGUCGAGCGACAAAAUGAAGAUCACCACCACCAUAUCCCACUCGACGGUGCACUUUCCAGUUUCUGGAAACUCGAUACAGUCCUUCCUUCAAUCUCUACAAGCCGUUGAUCCAUCGAGGAAUUCGCUACUUGCUCAUCGAGGCAUUGAGAUUCACAUCUUGGACGUCGUGCCGCUGCAUCUCGACACAGUCUAUGUAACGGUCGAAAAAAACUUGUUACGGGACCUCGAUGAGGUACAAAAGAGGUUCGGGGGUGGGUACAAUGGCGCAAACGGCUUAGGGGCCAAAGGGAAGGGGAAAGCUGCCGUGCCAGAACGACUGGCGAAAAAGAGCUCGGAGGAAACAUCUGCCGAGAGAGAAGAACGGCUCAUGGCUGCCGUUAGAGCAGCCCUCUCUACUCAGAAAGUCCUGCACGCGGGGGAUGUGAUACCACUUCCAUUACCGGCUCACCCAAUUACUCACAUCCCUCCCGCGCCAGCUAAGAUAUCGUUCUGCGAGCCUGUCUCGCAGGGCGUUCUUGUGCCGAGAACCAAGGUGGUUCUUGUUCAAACUCGGUCGCCGCAGCAAUCGCGGAUUGCCAAAGGCUUAGCCUCGCCGCGGUCCAAUUUCCUGCACCAAGUUACAGAGGACGACGCGGAAGACACAAACGAGCAAUUUUAUUCUGCGGCUGAGGACAAACCAAUAGAAAGCGGGACUGACAUCGAAAGUACAAGCCCACCGGAUGAAUCAGAUACAGAUGCAUCUGUUCAUAGUUCCAGUGAAAUGUCCGAUGAUUCAUUGGAUGAUAUGAUUUCACUCGCUGCUCCCGAGCUUCCCCAGCAACCUUCCGGGAUAGCGUCGGUCUUGUCAUCCGCAACCCCUCGAGCAGGUGGAAAGCGUUUCGACGUCCACACACCAGGAUCUGUCCUAUCUGGUUUUACAUCAGGAACUGCUCGUCAAGGCAGAUAUGGCGGCAAAGUUUUUCGUGCAGAGUGCCUCUUGGACAGAAUACCAAAUGAAGUCCUUCAUCCAAAACCUGCCGACGACGACGACACGGAGGCAUUCGUCUUUGUCGAUGUGCAUACACUUGUGAAAAUCGGCUGCUUCUCCGGAGACUGGGUUCGAAUUGAAGCUUCGGAAGAGCCCCAGCGCAAUAUGCUGGCGUCCUUGAAGUUUGGGAGCUUGAAUUCGCUGGGAGAGAUCGGAGAAUCUGAAUGCUGGAGGAUGGCUAAAGUUUACGGAAUCCCAGGACUGUCGCCCCCUAAGAUACGCUAUUCAAUGAAUCAUGACAGGCGGUCGAGCAUUUCGCACAUGCCGUCACACAGUCUCACCCCAACAGUCCUUGCACCCCCUAUUCUCCUUCACAACAUGCAAAACCCCAAAUAUCUGAAAUUGUCGCCGUUGCUAGCACACGGAUCGCACCAAACUCUCUCAAGGCCCGGUCCUAAUCAGCCGAAGCACAGAUCACCCCCUAUUGCAAAAGAAGUUACGUUGGUAAAAAUCUCAACGCCGCUGUCUAUGGAUAGAGCGCUACAACCCGCCCUUUUUGGGGCUUUGAAACGUCAUUUUGAAUCGAAACGGCGGUUGGUCAAAAGCGGUGAUAUUGUUGGCAUUAGCGUAGAUGAGGGGCUGGGAAAGACAAUUUUUUCAGCUACCAAGGCACCUGAAACCGGCAAUCAAGACGACGAGUUGACAUCUCAAUUGGGAUUUUCCUUUGACGACCCGGGUCGUACAUUGAGCGGAACUAAGAAGAUCGGAGUUGCUUGGUUUAGGGUUAGUCAUGUCACCGCCCCAGCCAGCGAAAAUGAGGAUCUUUUAGAGCAAGAGCAAUGGGGCGGCGUAGCGGCCAUCGAUUGUUUGAACACUAGGAUGGUUCAGGCUGGAAGUGAGAUAAGCACUGUGCCAAAAACCCAUGACAAUUCUUGGGAGUACUGGCUAGGUGUGAAAUCCCUUCCACGUUCGACUAUUGGACAGGGCACGCGUCUGGCCCUAACCGAGCCUCCCAAGCAAUAUACUUCGCAAACGCAAAGGCGAGUACGAGAAUUGAUAGCUGCAGCUACAAGUCCAAGGGCGAUCCAGCUUGGUAUGAAGCCAGUGGUCAUACUUUUGACUUCUACGCAACGUGGUAUUGGAAAAUCCACAAUUGCUCGCAGUGCUUGUGCAGAUAUCGGCCUUCACACAUUCGCCAUUGAUGCUUAUGAUAUCCUCGCCGAAGGCGGAGCGAACGGUGGGGAUGUAAAAACGGAAGCAUAUCUAAAAGCAAGGGCAGACCGAGCCUUUGCGUGCGGCGCAGACUGUACGGUACUUCUCAUUAAACAUAUUGAAGUGUUGACGGCGGAUAGAAUGGUCACAGCUAUGAAAGAUAUUGUUACGGAUGCCAGGGCGAUCAUUGCAACAACUACGGACGUGGAAAAAGUUCCUGAGGGAAUCCGAAGCCUGUUUACGCAUGAAUUGGAACUGACCGCUCCGGAAGAAAAGGAAAGAGAAGGCAUUCUCCGUAACGCUGUUGCGGAUCUAGGUGUCAGGCUCUCCCCGGACGUGGAUCUUUCAUCGGUUGCGGUAAAGACUGCUGCGCUCGUUGCGGGUGAUUUAGUGGACGUGGUUGAAAGAGCCGUUACUACACGGGCACUCCGACUGGAAAAACUUGCUGAAAGUGCUACAAAUAGCUCCAGGGAGGCGAAGCCCACCGUGAUGGACGUCUAUAUUUCCGGAGGAGACGCGGCACAAUGUGUCGUAAAAGCUGAUUUUGAAGCUGCCGUCGAUGCGGCACGCAAGAAUUUUGCUGACUCUAUCGGUGCUCCCAAGAUUCCCAAUGUUACAUGGGAUGAUGUCGGUGGUCUGACAAACGUGAAGGAUGCUGUAAUGGAGACUAUCCAAUUGCCUUUGGAACGACCGGAGCUCUUCGCAAAGGGUAUGAAGAAACGAAGCGGUAUACUAUUUUAUGGCCCACCCGGAACCGGAAAGACUUUGCUUGCCAAAGCCAUUGCUACUGAAUUCUCGCUCAAUUUCUUCUCUGUUAAGGGACCGGAGUUGCUUAACAUGUACAUUGGGGAGUCAGAAGCGAACGUGCGGCGUGUGUUUCAGCGUGCGAGAGACGCAAGGCCCUGCGUCGUUUUCUUUGAUGAACUGGAUUCAGUUGCACCCAAACGUGGCAACCAGGGUGACAGUGGCGGUGUCAUGGAUCGUAUUGUCAGCCAGCUUCUCGCCGAACUUGACGGAAUGAGUGGUGGAGACGAAAAUGGAGGUGGUGUUUUCGUUAUUGGUGCCACUAACCGACCAGAUCUCUUAGAUGCUGCACUGCUUCGACCGGGUCGAUUUGACAAAAUGCUGUACCUUGGCGUCUCAGACACCCAUGCGAAGCAAACUACGAUUCUAGAAGCUCUUACUCGAAAGUUCAAUCUAGAUCCCAAUGUUUCGCUAGAAAGCAUUGCUGGAAAACUCCCAUUCACGUAUACUGGAGCCGAUUUGUACGCACUGUGCUCCGACGCCAUGCUCAAAGCCAUUACACGCCAAGCUUCAGCUGUCGAUGAAAAGAUAAACGCACUUCCCGGAGGCCCAGUUAGCACCGCAUACUACUUCGACCACCUCGCCACUCCGGAUGAUGUUGCGGUUAUGGUCACCGAGGAAGAUUUCAUGGCAGCACAACGAGAAUUGAUUCCAAGUGUCAGUGCGAAGGAACUCGAACACUUUGAACGCGUACGUCGUACGUUCGAAUCCGUAGACACCGCGAAAAAAUCCGAUAAGCAACGAGGGAAACUCGCUUUGGCGAAUGGAUCAGCGUUGCAUCUCAACGGUGCCACUAUCGCGUCACAUGAGCGACGUGAAGAUGGGGCACUUGAAGGCGACGAGGAUGAAUAUAUUGUCCGUACUGAUCACCUAAAACCGACGGAAGAAGACUAUUUCCCCUCCUCGGACGAUUGA